AAAGAAAAAACAAUUAGCGAUUGUAACAAAAAUAAAAAAGCAAAUAGUGCCUGACAGAAGCUCUGGUGCCAAUUCGUGCCGGAAAUCUACCGUACCAUAUAGCAUCGCUACCACUGCAGCCAAGCCACUAGCAAGCGAAAGAGAGAAGAAGAAACAUGAGGCCUAUUCUGAUGAAAGGCCAUGAGAGGCCAUUAACGUUCCUCAAAUACAACAGGGAUGGCGAUCUCCUCUUUUCUUGCGCCAAAGACCACAACCCCACCGUCUGGUUUGCUGACAACGGAGAACGUUUGGGCACUUAUCGUGGCCAUAAUGGCGCUGUUUGGUGCUGCGAUGUAUCAAGAGAUUCUGGUCGACUAAUUACCGGAAGUGCUGACCAGACGGUGAAGCUAUGGAAUGUGCAAAGUGGUCAACAAUUGUUUACCUUCAAUUUUGAUUCCCCUGCAAGGUCUGUUGACUUCAGCGUCGGUGAUAAGCUUGCAGUUAUUACUACUGACCCGUUUAUGGAACUCACUUCAGCAAUCCAUGUCAAACGCAUUGCUAAAGAUCCUGCAGACCAGACUGGCGAAUCUUUGCUUGUCAUUAAGGGUCCUCAAGGAAGAAUCAAUAGAGCCAUUUGGGGACCCCUCAAUAGAACCAUUAUCAGUGCUGGAGAAGACUCCGUCGUUCGUAUUUGGGAUUCUGAGACCGGGAAACUACUUAAGGAGUCUGACAAGGAAUCAGGACACAAGAAGACAGUAACAUCACUUGUUAAAUCUGCUGACGGGUCGCACUUCCUCACGGGAUCCCUGGAUAAGUCUGCUAAGCUUUGGGAUGCCAGAACAUUGUCUCUUGUCAAGACAUAUGUGACAGAACGGCCUGUCAAUGCAGUGGCAAUGUCACCUCUACUUGAUCAUGUGGUACUUGGAGGUGGCCAGGAUGCAUCGGCUGUUACAACUACUGAUCACCGUGCUGGAAAAUUUGAAGCCAAGUUCUUCGAUAAGAUUCUUCAAGAAGAAAUUGGGGGCGUGAAAGGUCAUUUUGGACCAAUUAAUGCACUGGCCUUUAACCCUGAUGGAAGAAGUUUUUCAAGUGGAGGUGAAGAUGGAUACGUACGUUUGCAUCACUUCGACCCAGAUUAUUUCAAUAUCAAAAUUUAGUGCUGGAGAGUUUCUGGUUGAUAUAAAGUGCGGUUUCUAGAAGUUAGCUUUCAAUUUAUUUCACAUUAUUAUAUUUUUGUGUCACUGUUGUGUACUAAAGCUGUUACUGGUAAUCCUAUUGCAAUAACAUUAUGAAUGAAUUUUUGUUGGAGUUGAACUCUCGUAUUUUAAGGUUUUCAUAGCA